AUGACAAAUGUUCGUAGAAGUUGUGGUUUUCUGAAUGGGUUUGAAGUAGCAUCAAUGAGUAGAAGUGGGGAUCUUUGUUUUGAUUGGAAGAAUAAUUGUAGAGUUUCUUUGCAAUCCUAUUCUGUGGCUACUGUGCUUGCUGUUUAUGCAAACUGGGAAUUCGCUAGAAUUAAAGGCAUUGGAUGGGGUUGGGCUGGUGUCAUUUGGCUCUACAGUUUAGUUACCUACUUCCCACUUAAUACCGAUUUCACAACAAAGAAGGAUUAUGGAAAGGGAGAGAGGGAAGCACAAUGGGCCACGGCGCAACGGACCCUUCACGGAUUACAGGCUUCCGGAACCGAAGAAAUCUUGAAUGAGAAGAGCAGCUACCGAGAGUUGUCGGAUAUCGCCGAACAAGCCAAGAAGCGCGCUGAAGUAGCAAGGUUGAGGGAGCUUCAUACGCUGAAAGGCCAUGUCGACUCAGUGGUGAAACUCAAAGGACUCGACAUUGAGACCAUCAAUCAAAACUACACUGUCUGAGAGGUGCCACACAUCGGAAGUUAUUAUUUUUUCUUUAUUAGUUGUUUCUGGAAUAACAGAGUGGCAACAUUAAAGACAAGCUUCAUAGCAGGUCUUCCUUUUGUCACUAUCAAUGUAAUAAAGAAAAAUUAUUCUUCCAUUUAAUGGUUGAAGG